AUGAUGGAAAUGGAGAUGAACGCUGAAUUGGACGGUGAUGACGGAAGCGAAAGCAGUCAACCGUCCACGGAGGGGAGCUCGGCGAGCAGCACGUUUUGUACCUUGGAGAAAGAUUACGCGAGGAUAACGAACGAAAUGAAGGCUAACGAGGCAUUAGCUCCCUUUGAGGCCGAGUACGCAAGACUCUACGAAUCUUUGUACAAAGCGCAUAGAAAUGAGAAGGAACUGUCGGAGCAGUGCACCACGCUCAAGGACGAGAUCGUGGACAGCACGUACAAGAUGUACGAAUUGAAGAGCACGGUCGAGACGCACGAAGACGAGAUAGCCAGAUUAAAGCAAGAAGUUGUGAACAUGACAAAGCUGGCCGACGCAGCGCACGCGCGCGAGCAGAACGCGCAGGAGAUGAUUGAAAAUCUGCGGCUCAACAUCACAAAAUUGGGUCUUGAGAUCGAGCAGAAGAACAAACAACUGGCGGCCGAGAAAGACACCACCGUUAGCAAACAAAAGGAGGUUCUGCUGAAGGAGAGAGAGAGACUCGUGAGUGAGAUGGAGACUAUGCGGCAGCGCAUGAAGAACAUGUCCGCUUACACGGAGGAACUCGAGAAAAAGAACAGCGAGAUCGAUCAGCGGAUAAGCGAAAUGCAGGAGACCCUCGGGAUGCAGCUGAACGAGAUUUCGCGAGAGAAGAGGGCGCGAGAAAGGGCGGAAACAGAGGUUCAACAACUUCAAGAAGAGAUCAUCGUGAAAAAGGAUGAGCUUGAGAUUGCAAACGCAUCUAUCGAGGCCGGCACGAGUAACGCAAUGCGGCUGGAGAUUCUGUUGAAGGAGCAAAAGGCAGCGAGUGAGAAGAUGCAGAAGGAGAUUAGCAAACUCAUGUUGAAGAGGAUGAAUCUGCAGACGGAUCUCGACAACGCAAACGUCGAGACGGAAAAGCUGGUGAAGGAACUCUUCGAUAGAGAGAAGCAACUGCGGGAUAUCAAGCAAAAGAUUACCAGAGCGCAAGAGGACAACGUCAAGUGCCAUCACGAGAAGGACCUGGUGGACAAGCGGUUGCAGAAGACUGAGGCCGAGCGGGCCAAAAUGGAGAGCGAGCUGAAGCAAGCCUUGAUCGACGUCAACAAUACAGAGCAGAAAAUGCAGACCUGUCAGAAGGAGCAGCUUGACGACAAGCAGCGCAUCGAACUUCUGCUGCGGGAAAAGAACACUAUCGCGCGUAGCAAGGAAAGCGCUCAGGAACAAAUCAGGCAGAUGCACCGCGAGCUGCUGGUAUGCGAGAACAGCAGAAAAAAGCUCGAGAAGGAGCUCGACGCCGCGCUGCACAGCGUCGAUGAUGUGAAAAAUCAGAUAGAAGCGGUGGAGAAAGAGAAGGAUAAGUACAUCGCGGUAGUGCAAGAAUUAGAGCAGAAGAUAGAAGAUUACAUAAAAGAGGCUAAGCUAAAGCAAGCGGAGAUUUUCGAUUAUAAGAAGCGUCUGGCGGAGGCCGAAACAAGGUACCGUCAGCAACAGAGCUUAUCCGAAGCCGCCCGUGCAGAGCGGAACCUGUGCAGUAAGAGCCUGGUCGAGGCGCAGGAGGAGAUGCGGGAUUUGAAGAGCAAGUUGAAGAUCACGAACCAGCAGGUCGAGCAAUUGAAGGAGGACGUUGCGACGAAGGAGGCCAGUCUCAUCAAGAAGGAAUUCCUGCUGGGACGGGCGGAGAAAGAAAAAGAGGAUCUCAAGGUCGAUCUACGUGCCUCUCACACGGAAAUGUCCGGCUUGCGGCGGGAAAUUGAGGGGGCGAAACAGGAAGAGAAGCGCCUCAGGCAGACGAUACAACAGGCGGACGUGGACAUCGGACGUCGGAAGAAGAACAUCGACCAUGUUAUGAACGAGCGCGACAUACUCGGCACGCAACUGGUCCGCCGGAACGACGAGCUCAGUCUCCAGUACAGCAGAAUAAAGAUGCUGAAUAGAACGCUGCAGCGUGGCGAGGCGCAGUACAAUGAGAGAUUGGAAGAUAUUAGAUUGCUCAAGUUCGAAGUGAAGAGGCUCAGGACCGAGAAAGCACUGCUCACGAAGAACACCGCCAACGUUAGCGACUUGCGCCAGGAAGUUUUCCACCUGAAUCGCGAUCUCGCCAGGGAGAGGCUUAAAGUCACCGCACUCGAGGAGGAGAUUCAAACUCCAUUGAAUAUACAUAGGUGGCGAAAGCUCGAGGGAACAGAUCCUACCACCUUUGAGCUCGUUAAAAAAGUGCAAAUUCUGCAGAAGCGCAUUUUAAAAAUGUCCUCCGACAUGAUCAACAAAGAGAAGAAGAUAAAGAACACCGAAAAACUGUAUAUGAACCUUCGCGAUGUUCUGUCGAAGCAACGGGAUCCGCAAGCUGUGACGAGCUUGGACAAGGUCCAAAGUGCCUUGCGCAAAAGAGGGGAGAAGCUUAAAUGUCUCGUCGCUGAGCUGAAUAUGUACGAGGCGCAGGUAGGAGAGUACAAAGGCGAUAUGGCGCGAAUGAGCAGCGAGAUGUGCGACUUGAAAAAGAAGUACUACGCGCAAAAGAAGAAGCUGCAGAGAAUGAAGGAGGCGACUCCGAAAUCCACCCACUCUUCUAUUCUCCCGGGCAUCCUGGAAUCUAGCAGCACAAAAUUCUGCGGGGGUGGCUUCAAGAUGACGACACCCACGCCGCGAAGUUGUUGCAUUCUGGAUUCUUCGGAGAGCAGAUAA